AUGGAUAGUCUCUUUCCGUACGCACUGAGGCGUAAGAUGACUAUGCUUGUAUGCACCACACUAACCGAUGAGUACGAGCUUGACUUGGGAGCAAAGACUCAGCCACCUGUCAACAUCGAUGAUCUUCUCUUCAGUACCUAUCAUCUCAUGGCUGUCAGCAAAGUGCAAUUCGCCACGGUACGGUGUCGACACCAGCAUAGUACAUUGCGAAAGAUGAUGACUUCAACAUCUGCGCGCCCUGGAACGCUUAUCGAGUCCUCUGGAUACAUGAGAAGCAAUGACUCGCUGAAAUGGAAGGAUGUCGAACUCUAUAUGGUGAAACACCCGGAAGAUCCGAAUUGUCAGAUGCUGCUCAUGCGAGUCAAGCAUAGGUUAAACAAGGGCAGGAGAAACCGGGGUGUCCCACCAGUCUACACAUACACCGAGCGGAAUGAUAACCUUGGCCUUUGCGUUAUCCAAGACAUACUGGAAUAUGCUUUUCUUGACAACGCUUUUGCCACCCAUCGACUCAGCACCCCGAUCCACUUCAAAGAGAGCAUGAAGGAAAUUCCAAUAUUUCGUCGCCCUGUGAAAGAUUCUGAGGGAAGGUGGAUCACUCAUCCCGCACUAGCUUACCAAUAUGAUCGAGCAGAGGAAUAUGAGAUCGCCACCAGCAGGUCGGCAGGUUUAAAGACUCCUGGCUCUCUGUACAAAUACCGGAAAGGGGCUGCAGCUAACUUGAGACAUCUCGAUGAGCACUCUCGGAAUAUUAUCAUGGGCCACAAGAGAAGUGGUAAAUUCGCCUACUAUGUCCAGGUCCAGGAUGAUACCCAAUCUGCCUUCAUGGAAACCCCUGCAAGAACUUCUUUAAUCAAGCUCGCUACCAAUUCAAGUUUGACUCGUGAUGCAUCCGUACCGCAAGAUCUGAGCGAUCAGCAAAAGCAAGAACUUGAGAAGAAUCCCGACCUCACUAAUCUAUACAGGGAGUUCCAAAAGGCUAAGCACAAAGUCAGAGCGGAAAGAAAGAAGCUGCAUAAGGCCGCCAAGGAGAAACAAUAUGAAGAAUUUUUUGAAGGCGUCGAAAAUCACAUCAUUGAAGGCAACUAUCAGGGCCAGCCAAUUACUUUUGAGCCAGACACCUCACAUGUGGUACCGGAGAGAAGAGCUCUUGCAGACCUCGAGUUUAAGAACAGAGAUGUGGACAAAGUCAAUGACGCCGAGCUGGUGGAGGACCGGAUCCAAUCCCUGGAGAUGCGCCUGGCUCUCCACAACCUCGACCUGCCAAGAGUUUUGCAGAAAAGAAUCCGUUUCGAUGAAGCUUCCGCUGAUUUGGUCGCUGAGAAACCCUUUUCCCCUAAAGAGUGA